UAAUGGUCACACUAAAACGUGCUUUCGGCCUUUGAAAACAAUUGUAAAUAAACUCAACUUGCUUUGUAUUUACCUAGUUGAAAAUGGGCAAAAAGGAUAAAAAUAAGAAGAAAGGCAAAGGCGCCGAGAAGACAGCAAUGAAAACCGACAAAAAACUGGCGGCCAAACAAAAGAAAAUGCUGGAAAAACUGGGUGAAUCUGAUAUAGCGGAUAUUGUGAAGACUCUGGAGGCUGAGGAGGGUCGCAUUAAGGCUAUAACCGAGGAAAUAUGCGCUCCCCCAACGCCACGUGCCAAUUUCUCACUUGUGGCGCAUCCCGAAAAAGAGGAACUGAUUAUGUUUGGUGGCGAGCUUUACAAUGGCGCUAAAGUCAGCGUGUUCAACGAUCUCUACAUCUAUAAUAUAGCACGUAACGAGUGGAAACAGCUGAAAUCACCAUCAGGACCUACGCCACGCAGUGGCCAUCAAAUGGUUGCUGUUGCCACCGAUGGCGGUCAAUUGUGGUUGUUUGGCGGUGAACACGCGAGUCCCUCACAGCUGCAGUUCUAUCACUACAAGGAUCUGUGGACACUCAGCUUGAAGUCGCGUCAAUGGACCAAAAUCGCAGCACCAAAUGGACCAAGUGCCCGAAGUGGACAUCGCAUGGUGGCUGCCAAGAAGCGUCUGUUCAUCUUUGGUGGCUUUCAUGACAACAAUCAAUCAUAUCACUAUUACAACGAUGUGCAUUGCUUCUCCCUGGAGACGUAUCAAUGGCUCCCAAUACAAAUUGUUGGCGCUGUGGCUCCAGCUGUGCGUUCCGGCUGCUGCAUGGCAGCAUCCUCCGAUGGGAAGAUCUAUGUGUGGGGCGGAUAUGCGCGCACAUCGAUGAAAAAGGAUCUGGAUCGUGGCAUAACACACACCGAUAUGUUCUCACUGGAGCUGGACAAAUCUGGCGGGGAUAAGUACAAGUGGAACACGGUGAAGGCUGGCGGAUAUCGACCCAAGCCCAGAAAUAGCGUCGGAUGCACUGUGGCGCCCAAUGGCAAAGCUUAUUGCUUUGGCGGUGUCAUGGACGUCAACGAGGACGAUGAGAAUGUGCUGGGCCAGUUUGGCGAGGAGCUGCUGGCCUUCGAUUUAAGCUCACAGUCCUGGCGACUGCUCGACGUCACUCCGAAGGCAAAACCAAGUUCCAAGAAGCAGUCGAAUGAUGUGGAAAUGGACAAUGACAAUGCGGCGGAGCCGGCAAAGAGCGUUACAACCACAACAGAUGGCAUAUUUACGGUGACAGUUGGCGGACCUGGAGCCAGUCAAGCAUCGACGCCCUAUGUCUCAAGCAUACCGAGUCUGUUUCCCAAUGCGAGACGCACCGAUGCUCCAGCACCUCGUAUGAAUCCUGGACUCUGUGUGUGCAAGGGCAAUUUGUAUUUGUUUGGCGGUUUGUACGAGGAGGAUGAAAAGCAGCAUACGCUCAAUGAUUUCUACUCGCUGGAUUUGCACAAAUUGGAGCAAUGGAAGGUGAUCAUCAGCAGCAAGCAGAAGGCGCAUGAUUGGAUUGAUGACAGCGAAAGCAGCAGCUCCGAUGAAGAGUGCUCCGAUGAUGAUGAUGACGAUGACGAUGAUGACAGCUCAGGCAUGGACACUGAUUAAAGUUGAAUUUGCUAUUUUUUAUUUCAAUAAAUACGAAAUUGUGCGUAAA